AUGCUAGAGGACCAAAAACAACACCAAAGUGACAAGAAAACUACCCUCCAAUCCACAAAAAAUCAAACCAACCUAAUCAACUCCAAUAGUUUCACUUCCAAAAACAAUACCAAAACCAUCAAGUCCAAUAACCUUAAUUCCUCCAAAAACCAAACCAAAACCAUCAAAGCCAACAACCUUAAUUCUUCCAAAAACCAAACUAUAAAAUCCCUUGACACUUUCACCAAAACAAUCAAACCCAAUAACCUUAAUCCCUCCAAAAACAAAACCAAUGUUACCUCCAAAAAUGCACCAUCCAAAUCCACACCACCCAACACUAAUACCCUCAAGAAGCUCAAUUCCACCGGCACCACCGGCACCAAGUCCAAGAAGCUGAACUCCACGUCCAUAUCAACCAAAAAGCCAUUAGAUCUCGUGAAAACAACUAACAAACCCACAAAAUCCACCACCACCGACAAAAACAAGCCACCAAAAACUCAAACUCACAACACAACCAAAAAACCAAAGACACAAACACCACCUAGUCGCACAUUAGAAGAACAAGAAGACGAAGAAGAUGACGAUUUCGCUUCAUUCUCAGAGUUCAAAGAUCUCCCAAACAAAUUUCACCGCACACUACUCCCAGACAUAGAACGAAUCUCAACAACCUCCAAAGCCUACAUAACAAACGCCAACAACGAAAUGACAAAAGGAUUCAAACCCUACGUUGGCAAAAAAUACGCACCCACCAUAGCCGCCAUAGUUUCCACCGCUUUCGUACUACUCCCACUCCUCUUAGUCUCUCUCCUUUUCAACAAAAUCAAAACCUAUUUCUCACUUCAAAAAAUCCUAAUCUUCAUCCAAAUCUACCUCUCAAUCUACUUCACCAUUCUCUGUAUCUCAACAUUGGUCUCUGGAACCGAACCAUUGAGGUUUCUAUUCUCUACUUCGCGGUCCACGUAUAUCUGUUUCCAAGUGCUUCAAACUCUCUGUUACGUUUUCUAUCUACUGUUACUCAUCAUGUACCUUGUUCUUGUGUUUUUUACUGAAUGUGGGCUUGGUUCAAAGUUUUUGGGCCUGGCUCAGAUCUUUGUGGGCUUUUCUGUUGGGCUUCAUUAUUACGUGACGGUGUUCCAUAGGGUGGUGCUGCGGCAACCGCCGAAGAGUAAUUGGAAGAUUCACGGGAUUUAUGCCACGUGUUUUUUGCUGAUUUGUCUUUUUGUGAUGGCUGAUAGAAGGAAGAAAGCUUACGUGGAGGAUGAUGGAGAAGAAGGCAAGAAGAAUUGA